CCUCUAAAAAGGGUCCUAAAUAUGCAAGGCCAUACGAAAUCAGGUAUGUUUGCGUGUCCUGAUCACCAUCAAUAGCAAAGAGGCAGAGUUAAGAAUUCCAGGCGUGUCGGACGCGCCCAACGCUUUCUCUAGCCAUGGCACUCGCACAAGUACCCCUCGGGAUGGCUGACAUGGGCUGCGGGUAGCCCCAAAAGUUUUAAUCAGGGCCAGUUGCUAUUGGUGUUGUUUUGCAUGAUGUAUACGCUGGCAUUGCAGGGGGGCGGCGAAUCAACGGCGUUGUUGAAACAGUCGGCGCUUAUAAACUGGGGAUGUUCAUAUUUCAAGAACCCCGCAGAGGAGGCAGGCGCUACCUUCCCUGCGUCCCUGUUGAUGAGGCACCAUAACAAUAGAAACUUGUUAUUAUUUAAUAGCAAACUGCAACUUUCCAGAAAAGGGAUUGAGACAGCCAUUCAGACCAAUUAAUUUGAACGUGUUUCGAAACUCACGUGCUGUGUUACGCGAACUGACAGUGUUUCCAAUGGAGAGCUCCACAGCCCAAGACGGCCGCAUCGACUACUCUGGCCCAAGAGCCGCAAUAGGCACGCUCCUAGUCGAUAAGAGUGUAACAGCAGCAUUUCCCGACAAGGGUGCACAUCAAAUCGACAGCUUCAAGCACGGCGAGUCGCUUUGGGGCGUUACGGGCAAAAUUAUUGUUCAACUCGAAAAUGGCGAAACAAAAGACUAUUUUCUAAAGACCGUCUCUCUAGGAGAUAUUGGCCGCGUCAUGUGCCAAGGCGAGUUCGAGUCGCUUAAAGCUAUCCAUGCUGCAUGCCCUAGUUUCUGUCCCGAGCCAUAUGCCUGGGGAAAAUGCGAUGAAGCAGAGAGCGAUACAUAUUUCCUGUUAGCUCAAUUUCGUGAGGUCGCUUUCCAGCCAGCAUCGCCAGGCAAACUAGGCCCAGCCCUCGCUCGCAUGCAUUUGCAGUCGAAAUCACCAACUGGAAAGUUUGGAUUCCAUAUCCGCACCUGUCAUGCUCUAAUUGACCAAGCUGUCGACUUUUGGGAUGAUUCCUGGAGCAAUGUGUUUCAAAGCCAUCUCCGUCACGCUGUCGAGCUGGCAUCACCUGUCUUGAAGUGGCCAGAGUUUGACAUUGUAGGCCGUCUGAUAGUCGAACAUGUUGUGCCUCGUUUACUACGACCGCUUCAAGAAGACGGACGAGUUCUGAAACCGAGUCUAGUGCAUGGUGACUGCUGGGAUGGCAACACUGCUGUGGAUUCGGAGACAGGCGAGGCCUUCAUCUUUGAUGUGUGUUCAUUCUAUGGCCAUAAUGAAUAUGACAUAGGAAACUGGCGAGCACCACGACAUGAUCUUAGCAAUCCAGCAUAUUUGGCAAACUAUGAGAAUCAUCUGCCGAAAUCAGAGCCAGUGGAGGAGUGGGGUGUUAGAAACAUUCUCUACUCGCUUCCAUAUAACAUUGGCAAUGCUGCCUUUGUUCCAGACUCUGUUCAACGACCAGUGUAAGUGUUGCGAUAGCCCAUCGAACUACGUAAGCUAACACGACAAUAGAAUAUAUGACGAUAUGUCCAAUCUUUGCAACAUGUUCUGCCCCGAUAAAUUACAAGAAGAGAUGGAUGCACUGAGAGCAUCGGAGGCAAACAACGUUGGUGUUACGAAAUCAAACACUAGUAUAGACGACCAUGAUAAUGAUGACGACGAAGAGGAGGAAGAAGAAGAGGAGGAAGAAGAAGAGGAGGAGGAAGAAGAAGAAGAAAGAGAGGCCGAAGAGACCAAAGGACACGACGAAGAAGUUGUCCAUUCGGACGAUGAUGAAUCUACAAUCAAAGCUGGAAUGGUUUCAGAUGCCACCAAGCGCUUGGAUAUUCAUGAAAUUCAGGCGCAGCGGAUUAAGAUCAUUUAGCACUAUCAAGCAGAGGAACGAAGAUUGAAACAAAAUGCAUUAUGUAUAAUUUUGAUACAAAGAUACACGAUAUAACGCCAAGCACGCAAUGCAAAUCCCCCCAAAAAUGUAACAUAAAAACAACUGUCUCCCAUCCUGAUCUCCCAGGACGACCAGAGCAGCAUUAAGUAAUGGUAUAUCUUCCACUCGUCGGGGCUCUGCUAUCCGACUCUGCCGCCGCAAUCGUUCCCUCCUUCAGCAAUCUCGUCAGCUCAUUGAGUGCACCACUAACCGCAAUCUCCGUAUCACCCUCAAUAAGAAUGUACAGCUUCGGCUCGGCGCCCUCAGGAACCUCUUUACCAGCUGGGUAGAAGUUACCCUUCGUCGUAAUGGAUGUAGCGGUCGAGUCGAGAAUCUUGGCCACGUUGGUGCGGUUGGUGACGGCCCAGCGAGCCUUUUGAGGAAAGUCGUUAAUCUCCAGCGUCGCGUGGAAUGAGCCAGCAUCAGGACCCUUGUUGUCAAUCGAUUGACCAGCGCGUAGCUGGCCAGCCUUGCCGAGACGGCUGUUGAUGGCGCUGACGGCCGAAGAGACCUUGUCGAGAGGGUUGCCCGACUUGUCGCCGGAUGCACCAGCCACAAGCUCGGCUCUGGAGUCGGCGCCUUCCGCCUUGUUGGCAUCACGGGACUGGAUCGACGAUGUAGCGGCCUUGAUAGCGUCAAGGGCCUUUUCGACAUUGUUGGCGUCGUCCUCGCCGCCGCCGCUGCCACUCUUCUUCGUCUCUUCCUUUUCUUCUUCCUCUUCGCCUUCGACCUUGUGUGUCUUGCGCUCGCGCAGUCGAGCAGCUUCGCGCUCCUGGUCCAACUUGUCAAGACCCUUGCCGCCGAAACCGCUGUUUUCUUUGGCUUUGCCCGAUUUAACCUUUUCGCGGUACGCCUUGCGCAUCUCCUCGAGACGUUCUGGUACUGGCUGUUCGCUCUGCUCGAGAGCUUUGGCAAUACCUACAGCGCAGUUCUCUUGUUCAGGAGUGAUAAAGGUCACGGCAGUACCCGUGUUGCCUGCACGACCAGUACGGCCGGCACGGUGGACGUAGUCUUCCAAAUGGUUCGGGGCGUCGUAGUUGAUGACAAGUUUGAGCUGUUUGACGUCGAGACCACGAGCAGCAACUGACGUGGCAAUCAGGAUUGGAACCACGCCCUUCUUGAAGUCGGAAAUGGUAGAGUCGCGAUCGAUUUGGUCCUUACCACCGUGGAUAGACAUACAGGGGUAGCCCUUGGUCAUAAGCUCCUUAAGCAAAUCGUCGGCUUUUUCUUGUCGUUCCACAAAGAUGAGCGAGCGAGCAUCUUCAUCCUUGUCAUAGAGAUCACCCAGCAGCUCGAGGACGCGCAGAAACUUGGUGUUUUCUUCGCGAACCUCCACGACUUGCUCAAUUUCUUUCGCAACAACGCUUCUACCACCGACUGUGAUUUCCACAGGGUUCUUCAGCACCUUCUUUGUCAGCGAAUCAAUGAUUCGAGGCAUGGUAGCUGAGAAGAGAAUCGUCUGCUUGUCUGGGCGCAUGUUGGCAAAGAUCUUCAUGACUUGCGGCUCGAAACCCAUGUCGAACAUGCGAUCGGCCUCAUCAAGGACGACAUAGCUGACUCGGCGAAGGUUGGUAACUCGGCCUUGGUUAGCUGCCAGCAAGUCAAUCAUACGACCUGGGGUGCAAACGACAAUCUCGGCGCCGCGCUUCAGUUCAGCAAUCUGAUCUCGGAUUGGAGCUCCUCCGUAGGCGCAAACGGAGCGAAGACCCAUCGACUUGAGAAACGGUUUACAGUCUCGAUGAAUUUGAGUGGCCAGUUCUCGGGUCGGUGUCAUGAUCAGGCCAACGGGACCCUCGCCGUCUUUGAGCGGCUUCUGGUCUUUGAUGUGUCUGAACAUGGGAAGCAAGAAUGCCACUGUCUUGCCGGAACCAGUCUUGGCAACACCAACAACAUCACGUCCUGACAUGAUAGCCGGAAGCGCUUGCAUCUGAAUGGAUGUAGGCUUUUCGUAGCCUAGACCCUCGAUUACAUCUAAAGUUUGGCGAGUAAGACCGCACUGCGCCCAUUUUUGCACAGGUUUCGGAACGUCUUUGCCAUUGAUCUUGAUACCGUCGAGCUCCAACCGCAAAUCAGCAAGUUCUUGCUCCGAUAACAUGCUAAGCUCGGCGGGUUCCACCCAAAAGUUCUUCCGGAUAGGUUCCAACGUGAUCUUGGAGUAGUCUGUGGUGGGGAUUUCCUUCUUCUUGCGCUUGUUUGCGAUCGCAAGUAAUCGCUUGGCAUCUGGGUCUUCUUCUUCUCCUUCUGAGUAGGCAUCCUCGCUGAAAUAGGCUUCCGGUUCAGGUAAGGCCUUGGAUUUAGUGGUCUUAGCAGCCGGUUUCUUCGCCUGCGAGUCACCCAGAUCAGCCAUGAAAGCGUCUAAGGGAUCGAUUUCGUCCUCCUCAUCCACUUCCAUGUUGUCUGCUGCGGCAGGUUCUGCUUCCGCACCAUUCAUUUCAACGUCGUUGGUGGCCGCUGCUGAAUCGCCGUUUGUCUCAUCGGCCGCAGCAGCAGCCUCAGCUUCGGUUUGGAGGCGCUUUUCGUGUGCGGCACGAGCAGCAGCAGCAGCCUCCUCCUCGUUUUCUGCAAAGUUGUCACCAUCAGAGUCUUCGUCGUCAUCCUGGUCGGCAUAGGGCGUAUCGUCCGUAUCAAGUAGCGUUGGCAACUUAGUCAACUUGCGUUUGGUGUCGUCCUCUUCAUCCAGAUCCAACUUUCGCUUCGAAGACAGCUUGUCAUUAUCUGUGCUUACUUUUCCAAAGCCAAAAGCGCUAGUCUUUACUCCACCAGUUGGUAAUUUCGAGACUGCAUCAUUGUAAUUAGAAUGUGUG